UUUUGUAUUUGUGGACAACAAUGCAAAGUCUAUAUUGUGCUGUUUCUUUUCGCCUUUCAAAGUCAGUUGAGACAACUAAAGGCACUACUUCUUUUCAAAAAUCAAGUAUGGACGUUCAGGAGUAUUCCGCCUCUAAAAUUUUAGAAAAGACUGCUUUAUUUUAGCGGUAAUAUCGUCGUUAAACUGAAAGGUGACGUUGUUCAUUAUCCAGCGGUGUCAUGUCGAAGUACAAACUGAAAGAUUGUAUCGACUUGGAUUUUACGAGAUGGCAUAUUGAUGGAAAUCAUAAAUUGAUUGAGCCAUAUCGCAUAGUUGUCCAUGGGGGCGUAGAUGGCUACUCAAGGCUGGUAACCUAUCUCCAUGCAUCAACUAAUAACAGAGCAGAAACAGUAUUGAGCUUGUUUGAAUAUGCUGUUCAGUGCUAUAAUUUACCGUCAAGAGUCCGUUUUGAUCUUGGAUUAGAAAAUAUUGAAGUUGGGAGAUAUAUGCUAAAUGAAAGAGGUCUAAAUCGGGGGAGUAUCAUCGCAGGCACAUCCGUACAUAAUCAAAGGAUUGAACGACUGUGGAGAGAUGUUAAUCGUAUUGUGAUAUCAGAGUUCUUAAACAUUUUCUUGUUUUUGGAAAAUAGAGGUGUUUUUAAUCCGGUCAAUGAGGUUCAUUGAUUUUGUCUUCAAUUGGUCUACAUUGACUUUAUCAAUAUCGCUCUACAAGAGUUUAUGGCUCAAUGGAACAACAAUGCAGUCACAACAGAAAGCAACCAUUCACCACGACAAAUAUGGGUUAGGGGAAUAGUAGAGUUGAAACAUUCUGGUUACAGUGCUGUGAAUGAUGUUAUUAGAAACAAUGCAUUUUCUUCCUAUGGUAUUUCUGAGGAUGGGCCUGUAGCAGAAGAAGAUCCUUCUCAUGUUGUUGUUGUCCCGCAAACCCAACUUAGAUUAAACAAUGAACAAAUGGACUCGAUCCUUACUGUGAUAAGACAGGGACAAACUGAAGAUGAUCCACAUAGAAUUGAAUCUUAUUUAGCUGCUGUUGAACAUGUUUCCUUGCUGCUCAAUGAACAGUGACUUCGAACUUGAUGAUGUACAUCAUUUUCACCUUCAGAUAACUAUUGUAACAAUAACUAACAUCGCUCAUAGCAGUCUAACUACUCCAGUUCCAAAGCAAGUGAGCCAUACUUCAGUGCAA